AUGUUGAUUGGUGAUGACCUUGAUAAUCGGAAGAAAUGGAGAAAAUCGUGUAGAUCGGUGAUGGAUCUUGGUGGAUCAGUAACUGAUCUUGUUGGAUCGGUAAUUGAUCUUGAUGAAUUGGAAAUGAUGUUGAAGGUCGGUGAUGGAAAAUCAGAUGCCGAUAAGCAUGAAAAGUGCCGGGAUUGCAUCAUACAUUGCGACAUAAAGCCCGAAAACAUACUCUUAGACGCCGAGUUCUGUCCCAAAGUAGCGGAUUUCGGUCUGGCAAAGCUCAUGGGACGUGAAUUCAGCAGGGUUCUGACAACCAUGAGAGGGACACGAGGCUAUCUUGCACCAGAGUGGAUUUCAGGGGUCGCCAUAACAGCCAAAGCCGAUGUUUACAGCUACGGUAUGAUGCUCUUUGAACUUGUAUCAGGAAGGAGAAACUCCGAGCAAUCUCAAGACGGGAAAGUAAGAUUCUUCCCAACAUGGGCUGCGAGUGUAGUCAUAGAGGGAGGCGAUAUACUUGACCUAUUGGACCCAAAGUUGGGCCGAAAUGCUGACAGUGAAGAGCUAAAGAAGAUUUGUAGAGUCGCUGCUUGGUGCAUCCAAGACAAUGAAAAUCAUAGGCCGACAAUGGGUCAGAUAGUUCAGAUCCUCGAAGGGGUUCUGGAUGUGAAUCCACCUCCGAUUCCACGAUCUCUUCAAGCAUUUGUUGACAACCAGGAACAUAUUGUUUUCUUCACAGAGUCUGAUGAGAGUUCACAAGCACUGAGCAAUCCCUCAAGCUCUGAUCAGAGUAAGAGCACUACUUCAACAAUGAGGUCCUAGUUCUGAAGACAAUAAUAAGAAUGUGGUGAAACACUUGUGUUGUCUACUUGCUUAAGUUUAGUAGUGUAAGGCUUGUUUUGUUAUUCUCUGUUUCCACUGUUUUUGUUGUCUAUAAAUAUUAGUGGUUAAAUUUUAGUAAAUUUAUUGUAGCAAUGUGUAAAAUAACCUCUUUGAGAGACAUACAAGACUAGAAAAAAUUGGAGACUUGCAGUAUUUAUUUUUCUUGA